GAGUUCGAGUAUUCAGGGUUACCGCCUUUGCGAUCAAAUAGUUAAACCAGGAGUGCAUGUUUGAGACAUUGAGGUCAACCGUUAAGAGAGCAUCUUGCAUAAUUUCCAAUCAAUAUAACAAUACGGAAUGACGGCAAUCAAUACCGAAUUGAGAUAGAAUGCUACUACUUAUCUCUUCACGUUGACGACAUACUACCUGCGUAUGAGUCGGAUCAAGCUACAGACUUGUAGGCAAUCUACUAAUUUCAGGUUUUUGCUUGAUCAAUUACCACGCUGCUGAGUUUCUAGUUCGAAAGCUUAUUUAUUGCGUUCAUAUUUUCUAUGCUCUCUAACACGAGAUUCAUCGAUCAAACAUUCCCACUGUUAGAAUUCUUCUUGGUCCCACCAUGUCAGAAAGACGUUCGACUCAGUCUGAAGACGAGCCCGCCUGGAACCCAAAAGAUGUCGAAGAAAGUCUUCUUCAUGAAGAGAUCAACGGGCCAGAAAAAGGCGCUAAAAACUUUCAUCACUCUUACCUUGGAUGUAAUGCUGCUUAUUUGAUCAUAUCUUUUUUCUUGGGAGCUCUUCUCACAUUCAUCAUACUUAGUCUGGCUUUGAGCAGAAAAAGAUUCGAUUCCAAAUCAAACGAUAUUCAAUGGAUCCAGAACACUAAACUCAGAGAUCUCGUAUCGGCACCUAAAUCAAAUGUGAGAUUUGAUGGCACAUUUGAUCGCUCCUCUCCUUAUAAGGGUCCGCCAUCGCCCGAAGUUGAUGCGUUAUGGGACGAGAUUACAAUGUUGGGAGCGAUGAGUAUCUCGGAGGACGUCUUCCAGCACCUAAACGCUUCCAAAUACGCAGUCAAACUACCAAGUAGCCUUGGAGGUGGUCGACUAGCACUUUUUGAGACAAUUCAUCAGAUACAUUGUGUCCAAUCGUUAUGGAAUGCAGCUUAUCCUGAGUAUUAUACCGAACAAACAAAAUUCAAGAACAGCCACCCAGAAAUGUGGUACGGUCAUCUGGACCAUUGCGCGGAUGUUCUCCGACAGAAGCUGAUGUGCGAUGCUGAUACUGGUAUCGUCACUUACAAUUGGCUGAAGGGGAAAGUCAAUCCAAACCCAAAUUUUAAUGUCCAGCAUCAAUGUCGCAAUUUUGAUGCUAUCUUGGAAUAUGCUCGUGACAAUCAAGUGGAUAAAGACGGCACUGAUCGGAUAGAUGUCGAUCUAUUGAAGCCAGAGAAUGGACAUAUCAUGGAAUUUGAGGGUGAGCCUCCCUUUGAUCCUGAUGCGGUGCCGUCCAUGCGUCAGGAAUGAUACCGGAAUUCGGAAAUCGGCAUGUGUCUAGGAAAGUGGCUCGUUAUUUCAGCAGAAUUCAUGUGUCGGGAUUUACAAGUUUGUAGUUGUAGCCAAUUUGGGGCAGUGUAAACAUUAGCACUAGAUGUGCUAUACGGGGUGUAAACUAUUGUAUCCUCACUUUUUAUUCUUUUCAACCUUUUAGCUAGCAAGAAUCAUGAAAAACAUUAUGAACACCUACUGAUUUCAAUACUUAUCAUACCCAAGACAAUACCAGAACAAUAGAUGUAAAUUUGUAUCA